AUGGGGAACGCCCAAAGCCAAGAGGGAGGAGAGAAUAACGGAGGAGGAGGACAAGGGCAAUCAUCACAACUCCACAUCUCUCCGAGAGACUCUUUGGAGGAUAAGAUGGAAUCUUUAGUCAUCGUCCCAGACGUGAUUGUAACUCGAGAGGAGUUGAUGAGAUAUACCGGGGGAGGGACUAAUCAUUCUCAGGAAAAGAGGAUAUAUUUGUGCUGUAAAGAUAUCGUCUACGACGUGACCGCGGCGAAAGAUUUCUACGGACCGGAAGGACCGUACGCGAAUUUUGCGGGGAGAGACGCCUCGAGAGCGUUAGCGCUGAUGUCUUUGAAAAUCGAGGACGUGGAGAAUACGGAUUUGUCGGAUUUGGAUGACGAACAGCUCUCAGUUCUCAACGAUUGGGAGCGAAAGUUCAAGUCGAAGUAUAAAAUCGUCGGGAGGUACCAGGCGUAG